AUGACUGCUUCUGUGAGACCCAAGAUUCUGCUCCUCGGAGUUGUCCAUUUUAUUGACAAGGACAUUCUUAAGCGAUAUGAGUCUGAGUUUGAACUCAUCAACUACGAUAUUACAACCAAGGAGGACUUGAUCUCGAAGCUUGAGACCGAGUUUAAUGACAUUGUUGCUAUUGCCACAGUUUGGUUCUCCUUUGUGCCUGUUGGUGGUUUACAUGAUGAGAAGUUAUUGAAUGCCCUGCCGAAGACACUUAAAGUUAUCGCUACCCCCACCGUGGGUGUGGAUCUGUACAAUCUCGACGCUCUUACUAAAAGAGGCAUUGUUCUUGCCAACUCAGCUGGUAUUACAUCCGAUGAUGUAGCUGAUAUUGCGUUGCACCUAUCUUUAUCUGCGUAUAGAUUUACUUCACUUUUCGAAAACUCGCUAAGAACUCAUAGAAAUACUUUAUCUGCCAGGUAUGUUGUGGAAGACCAGUUUGAUAAGGCAGCUGGACGGGCCAGCUCCGAAGAUGUUUCGGCCAAAAGAAAGAUGGUGUAUGGACAUUUAGUUGGCAAUUAUAAAGUCGAUAGUCCAAAAGGACAGGUCGCUGGUAUUGUUGGUUUCGGCUCUAUUGGACGUGCCAUUGCCAAAAGACUCGCUGUUCUAGGUAUGAAGAUCCAUUAUCUCAAGAGAAGUCCUUUGACUGAGAGUGAAAUCGAAGAGUUAGGUGGUACAGGCUCAACUCCUCCGUUUGAAAUCACACGUCAUGAAACUUUUGAUUCUCUUGCCAAGGUGUCGAAUCUUCUGGUACUUGUGGUUCCCUUGACUUCAGACACCCGACACAUCUUGAAUGAGAGGACAAUUGCACUACUUCCUGAUGCUGCCAGAGUUGUAAAUGUAGGACGUGGACCCCUUAUUGAUCAAAAGGCCCUUAUCAAGGCACUGGAGUCUGGAAAGCUCUCCUCAGCAGGUCUUGAUGUAUAUGAGCAAGAACCACUUAUCGAGCCUGCUCUAGCUGAAAGACACGAUGUGACGUUGCUACCUCAUAUUGGAUCGUGCACCGAUGAGUCUGCACAGGCUGCUCUUGAGAACUGUUUUGUGAACAUCAAGGAUGUCGUUCUCGGCUCUGGGAAGGCACGAAACAGUGUUAAUUAA